AUGACAGUACCAUCCGUCAACUCCUACUACGACACCGCCGUGGUGAAAGCCGUCUCUGGCCAGCUAUAUUCAGUCAAUGUCCGGGUGGCUUUCGAGUUUUUUUUUGCUCUCUCCGCUCUCUACUGGUCGUCGGUAUGGCUCUACCGAAUCACCCUCCAUCCCCUCGCCCGAUACCCGGGCCCCAAGCUGUGGGCAGCUUCGUGUUUGGUACAGACUUUCUACGCAACCAAGGGCGAGUUCGCGUUCAAAAUAGCUGAGCUGCAUUCCAUAUACGGGCCGGUGGUGCGUCUCGGUCCGUCCGCCGUGUCCUACAUCGACGAGAGGGCGUGGGAGGACAUCCACGGAAAACACGACGGCCGCAAGCAGCUGAAGAAGGCCAAGGAGUUCGUGCCGACGAGUCCGCCGAACGGGGCCCAGGGCCUCGUCUUUGUCCGCGACGACAAGGCUCACGGGCGCAUCAGACGCAACUUCUCCCAUGGCUUCUCCGAUAAAGCCCUCCGGGACCAGGGAGGCCUGAUCGGGCGGUAUUUUGACCAGCUAGUGGCGAAGCUGAGACGGUCAUCUGCGCCGGACGAGCCGAUCAACAUGAUGAAGUGGUAUCAGCUCACCACGUUUGACGUCGUUGGUGAUCUCACAUAUGGGGAGAAUAUCGGGUGUUUGAAUGAUGAUGCCUAUGAUCUACACGUGAGUCACCCCAUCAGCAUUCAUUUCAUUCAGUUUGCUACACUCGAUAAAUGGAUCGAGAAUCUCUACUACAUCGUCAAAGCCAUGUUCCUUCUCGGUUUCAUGAGAGACUUCCUCCGCCUGGACCAGCUCCUCUUGAUCGUCAUGACAUCCGAUAAGCUGCCGCUCAAGAAGAAUAAACACCGCAUCCUAUUGACUAACAAGCUCAACCGUCGCCUGGAGUGUACGGAGCCCCGGAGUGACUUCAUGGAAUACGUGAUCCGCAACCUCAACACCCCGACCGGCAUCUCCUACGAGGAGAUGCUCAUGACGUCGUCCAACAUCCUCAUGGCCGGCGCCGAAACCACGGCCAUGACCCUCUCCGGCGCAACGUACCUCUUAUGCCGGAACCCGAAGGCGCUCGCCACCGUCACCGCCGAGAUCCGCGGCGCGUUUGACUCAACGGCGGACAUCAACAUGACGACGACUACAGAUAACCAUCUUCCCUAUCUCUCGGGGGUCAUAGAGGAGACGUUGCGAUUGUUCCCGCCCGUCCCGACGACCCUGCCGCGCGUGACCCCGCCGGAGGGCCACUUCAUCGCCGGGCGCUUCGUCCCCGGCAACACCAAAGUCUUCGUCAACCAGCUCGCCGCGUAUCGGUGGCCGGACCACUUCGCCGCACCCUCCGAGUUCCGGCCUGAGCGCUGGCUGAAGGGCGAAGGAGGAGAAGUCGGAGGUACGCCGUAUGAUGGAGACGUCAGGGGCGUGUUGAAGCCGUUUUCCACCGGCCCGAGGAAUUGUAUCGGGAAGCAUCUGGCGUACGGGGAGAUUCGCACGAUCCUGUCCAAGAUUCUGUGGGAGUUUGACCCCCAAUUGGCUCCCGAGAGUAACGGCUGGAUGGAAAGUCUGAAGAUCUACGGUGUGUGGGAGAAGAAGCCACUGAUGGUUCGGUUUCGCCCUGCGGUUAGAGGAUAA